GCUGUUGUUCCAGUCCCGAUGUCAUUCCGCCCGUCUCAUUUCUUUUUUCCCCCCCCCCCAAUAGUCUUUUUUGCCUAGCUUUGCACAAGCACAAAUCAAUUGGGAGAAUUACCUUGACAGAUUCUUUAGGAUGGGGUCCAGAAAGGGCCUCUCUCGGCCGCCGCCUGAUGCGAGCAUGGAAAUCAAACCGCGCAACAAACUUCGCCGCCAGAUGCUCCAUAUAAAGAGAAAGCGCGCCAAGGAUUCCGCUCGCCGCACCGAACGAUAUGCCUUCAAGAAGGAAGAGGCCAAGAACCCCCGCUUGAAGGAGGAACGGUUGAAGCGCAAUAUCCCACUUACCAUUGAUCGGAAACGAGUAUGGGAUGAGGGCGGCAGUGACGUCGAAGAUGGCUUGGGGUUGAGUGUUGAUGUGGAGCGCAUCAAGAGACGCAAGCAGGAAGAAGAGGAUGAACUGAACCGACCUUUGAAAGAUACCGAAAAGUCGGGCGAUGAAGACUCACAGGACGAUGAUGGUUCAGAGGAGCAUUCAAACGAGGACGACGAUGUGGACAGUAUGCUUGCCAGCAGUGACGACGAGGAAGAUGGAGAUGAUGAUGGAGAGGACGAUGAUGAACACAAGGAGGGCGACUCUCAUGGACGGCGCAAAUCCACUCUUCCCUCCGCUACCGAGCGAGCGACCAGCCCGUCGCGAUCGACCAAGAGCACUAACCUCAGUCUUGUCCCCGAUGCGCUGGCCGCCAAAUUCCCCUCGUUGUUCAACCUUGAAAACCCCUCACCCAAGAUCCUCAUCACCACCUCGCUCAACUCAACUCUUCAUCACGAGGCCGAGCUACUCACGGACCUCUUCCCCAACUCGCACUAUGUCCGCCGCACUCGCCAUCGGUUCGCUCAUCAGUUCUCCAUCCGCGAGAUCUCUAAAUUCGCCUCGAAUCGGAACUACACUGCGCUGGUAAUUCUACGUGAAGAUCAGAAGAAACCCACCGGUCUGGAUAUCGUUCACCUGCCAACUGGCCCGAUGUUUCAUUUCUCCAUGUCCAAUUGGGUUGAAGGCAAGCGCAUUCCUGGGCACGGAAAUGCCACCGAUCAUUUCCCCGAGCUCAUCCUGAACAACUUCCGCACUCCCCUGGGUCUGUUGACGGCCCAUCUAUUUCGUACCCUGUUCCCCGCGCAGCCGGAAGUUCAAGGCCGGCAAGUCGUCACCGUCCUGAACAGUCGCGAUUAUCUCUUCUUUCGUCGCCACCGCUACGUCUUCCGCGAGAAGCGAGAGACUGAAAAAGCCGUUGUAGGUGCGGAUGGCAAGGAGAUGAAGGGUGCUGAGGGCAUUCGAGCUGGCAUGCAGGAACUGGGGCCCCGCUUCACCCUGAAGCUGCGCCGGAUUGAUAAGGGUAUACAACGGGCUAGUGGCCAGGAGUGGGAAUGGAAGGGCGGCAUGGAAAAGACCCGCACCAAAUUCCAGCUAUGAUGCAAUUUCUCCCAUUGUUUAUCGUGAAGAUAUCCAGCCAUGUUUUUUUGCAUUGGGGUUUGGAUGGGCGUUUUGUUGGUUGUUUUUCCCGAAGCCCAGUUUUUUAUGGGGAGAUUUCUUUUCUUGCUCAUAUUACAU